AUGGGCGACCAGGUUGACAUCUUUUGUCCCCUGGGACAGAUAACACAGAGAAGGUGCAAGGAGGUUCCGGGCGGAGCGGCGACCCUCCUCGGCCUCAUCAGUGCAGGAAGAAAGGGUUGGGAGGGGAAACCGAGCCCCUCUCGGGAGAGCUUGCCCGGGGUCCGGCGCCCCGCUGCUCCGGGGCCCAGCCUGCGGGACCUUGGGCCGCGCGCCCCCGCGAAGGUGCGGCGGAAAGGCGGGGGCGCUUCUCCGGAGAACGACGCGUGCGGGGGGCGGGCUGGUUCCGUGCCUCGCUCGCAGCCUCCCGCUCCGGCGUUUACAGCUCUGGGCCGCGGAGCGAACUCCUGGGGCGCCUUCUCCCGAACCGACGGCCCGAGCCCCGGGAGGCCGGCGGACUGUCUGCCCGCGGAGUGCGGUGCUGGGCCGCGGCCGGGCCGGGCGCGAAGGGGGAGGAUCCUCGGACCUGCGGCGGGCAGCGCAGGUGCCGCGGGGCCGGACACCGCCUCCCAGACAGGCCUGGCGCGGGAGCACACCCGCAAGCCCCGGGAGAGUUUGGCCUCCCCUCGCGGUGGCCGCCUGAACCUGCGGAGCCGGCCGUCCGGACGACACGACGCGAUCCGGGCGCCCAGAUCCCGUUUUAGGUGCUGCGGGGAGAGCAGUAACCGAAACAGAAGUGGGCCCAGUCUUCAUCUGGGGAGAGAGACAACAAACAGGGACAUGGCUUCCGGGGGCAGGAGUGGCCCUGACUUCUCCGGGAUCCUGUGGGGUGGUGGUGAGCCACACAGCCUUGGAAAGCGUGGGUUGGAAUCCUGCUUCUGUCACGUACUUGCUGUCAGGGACCUUGAAACCACCUUGAAACCACCCAUGGACCUUGAAACCACCUAUGCAAGGAGUGUGUCAGAGCCUUGGGUCAAUGUCUCUUCAGCAUGCUGAGAAUUUUCUCCUGGUUUAGUUUUCUGUGUAUACCUAUAGAUAAAUGCUCAUGCUAGGUUCCCCUUCCUCCAACCUACCUCUCUGUACUCUGGUUUGGUUCUAGGCCUUCUUGGCAAAGAGCAGUUGUGAGCUCCAUGUGCAGGUUUGCUCCCAAAUUUCUCUUCCCUCCUUUGGUGUCUCUUCACUUGGCAUUUGUGUGUGUCCUUGGCACUUGGCGUAGAUACAAGAUAAAUAGAAACUUGUCUUCUUUGGAGAAUCUUAUAAGCUGGUGAAACUUUCUCCCCCACUGGUAAGAGACUUCUAAAGAGGGCCUGCCCCUGGAUUUCUGCUCUCUUCUCCUGCUCCCUAAACAUUUUAGGUUAAAGUUCACUUUAAGAAUAUUUUGAAAGCUGUGGAUUUUCUCCCCAGGAAAGGUACACACAUAUCUAAUAGUUUGCAUUAAAUUGCAGGGGGUUUACCGACCCCAUCAAAUCCAUCCACAAACCCACAGGCCCUAGGUAAGGAAUACUUCUCCUCUUAAAAAAUAAUGAACAAGGAUGAGGAGAAGGGAAAAAAAACCCUCAAAACCACCUAAAAAUGGGACAUAAAUAGAAGUGAAUGAACCUAACUCUAUUUCAGAUAAAUAAUACUACCACACUGAAGGGAGAGUAAACAAACAAACAAAAACCAAUGAAUAUUGAAUUGUAGUUGAAGGACUUUUUCCUAUAGUGGUAUGGGUUAGCAAUCCUAAAAGUUUUUAGUGUGCUAUGGAAUUGAGCAAUUGAAUAAAUAUAUUGAGGUUAAUGGGAGCCUAUUCUUUCUGUUGGAGAAGAGAGUUACAAAGAUAAAGAGAAGGAACACUAAAAUCAAUCUUAUGGUAAUGAAUUAGAAUGGGAGAUAUCUAUAUGAGUUCAUGGUUGUAUGUGUGUACAGAUAUAGUAAUAAGAUAUCAAUAUCAACUCAUAUUUCUUAGUUCUGUCUGCUAAAAGUCUUAGAAGUAGACACUCAGUAGCACUGAGCACACCUGGCAGCUAGCUCUUGGUUUCUAAAUACCUUUCAUCAGUAAAAGGAACCAGGACUCCUUGGAGAAAUGGCUGGUUUCAGGGCUCAGAGAGAGAACAUACAAGAUGAACCUAGAUAUCAUGUUGUUCCAGAAAUUAAGGAGGUGCUAAAAAGAUAGUAGCAAGAUGUCAAAAGGACAGAGGAAUCAGAAGAGGAUCCCACUGGUCAAAUCUGGGGCAAUCUGAACAUUAAAUAACAGUAGUUACAUUCCCAUAGUACAUUCUUUGAAUAAAAUAAGAAUCUAGGAACUCAUA